GCUUGAGGCUACGCGCCACCAAUAGAACGUCGUCCUUGAACACGUUUUGAUAUGUGAGAACGAAUUUAAGGCAGUGAUUUGUCAAGUUGACUUACCGGAAGCGCGAAUAUACUUACAAUGUUGUGGCUUAAAAGUUUGUAGAUAGGUGUUAAAGUUCUUUUAUUUAAUUUAAGUAAAUGAAGUGAGUGUAAGAUGAUUAAAAUAUGUCUCCUGCUUCUUAUAGCAGUCACGAGAGACUGUGUGUCGCAGGACGAGGACGAGCCGUAUCGUGGCAAGUUGAUCGGAAAACUAAACUCCUACCAUCAUCAGGUGUCCGGUGAAGUUUAUGCUGUUGAUGACUAUACUAUACUUUUGGUCAAUUUCAACUAUGAUGGCACCGGGGAUGACACAUUUUUCUGGGCUGGAGAUUCAGGCAGGCCCGGUCCACAAGGUUUCAUUGUUCCUAAUGAGUAUGGCAGGACAAAUAUUCUGGAACGUUACUACAAUGCAGAGGUGAGGCUCGCCGUGCCCGAGGGCAAGCGCAUCUCCCGCAUCAAGUGGUUCGCAGUGUACGACAUCGGCAGUCAGAACGCCUUCGGGGACGUGUACGUGCCGGACGAGUUCGAGGCCCCGGCCGAGCGCGUCAUCGGGCCCCUCACUGGCUCGCCCGCCGUCUCCAGCAAGCCAGUGCGCCUGCUGGACGCCAGCACCAUACUGAUCCCGGAGCUGCGGUACGACGGCAGCGGCGAGGAGGUGUACUUCUGGGUGGGGGUGGGGCCGCAGCCCUCCUCCAAAGGCACGCCGAUACCCGACGAAUACGGCUACCUGGAGCCGCUGCGGCGCUACGCGGGCGAGGACGUGCGGCUGGCGCUGGGCGCGCGGCGCGCCUGGGACGUGGCCUGGCUGGCGCUGUGGGACCGCGGCGCGGGCCGCGCGCUGGCCGCCGUGCUGCUGCCCGACGCGCCCAACGUGCCGCCCGCGCCGCGCCGCGCCGCGCCCUACGCCGCGCGACUGCCGCACUGCCGCCAGCUGCACCGCGACCUGCAGGUGUCCUGGGAGGUCUUCGGCAGCCAGAUCACGCUCGAGGUGGCGGCGCGCAUGGACGAGGACGAGUACGCCGCCUUCGGCGUGUCGGGCAGCGCGGACGCGUCGCGCAUGCUGGGCGCCGACGUGGCCGUGCUGCAGUACGACGCGGCGCAGCAGCGCGGGCUGGCGGCCGACUACAACGUGUCGGCGGCGGCGCCCUGCGUGCAGGUGCUGGGCGCCUGGCGCGGCGUCUGCGCCGACGCGCUGCUGGGCGGCCUGGACUCCAACCAGGUGUUCAGCGCGCGCCGCGAGGACGGCCUCACCAUCAUCUCCUACCGGCGCUCGCUGGCCGCGGCCGAGCCCAUGGACCGCGACUGGCCGCUGGACCGGCCCGUGUACGUGGUGUGGGCGCUGGGCCGCCUGGACGCCGCCAGGGAGCCCGCCUUCCACCGCCUGUACCCGCGCCACGACGUCGCCCUGCGACUGGCGCAGGACCCGCCCGACAACGACUGCGUACCCUUCACCGUUGAGUCCCGCUCGGCGCCGCCGGCGUGGGAGGUGGCCGAGCUGUUCGAUCCCGCGCUGCGCGUGUUCACGUUCCGGCUGGGGCCCGCCGGGGGCGCGCGGGGGCUGGCGGGCCGGCCCCUGCGCCACUCGCCGCCCCUCGCCUGGUACGUCAACGGCCAGCUAGCGCCCGACCUGCAGCUGCGCCGAGGCCUGCAGUAUGUCUUUAAGGUACGUUCCUCUUUACAUCCAAACUCGCCACGUCACUGCGGGUGUAUAGUGGAGAUGCAAUGCUCGCAGGUGUACGGCGGGAACGACCCGCACUCAGCGACGGAGUACCACCCGCUCAUAGUGACGGCGGAGCCCCUCGGCGGCCUCGAGCGGCUCAGCGAGCCCGCGCAGCGCCAGGCGCGCGUCUUGGCCGGCGUGCACUACACGCGCCGCGGCCGGCUCGCCCCCACCGCCGGUACGUAGCGGCCCCUGUAUGCCCCGGCCUGGCCCGGCGGGGGCUAAACUGUAGCGGCCUGGCCCGGCGGAGGCUACAUUGCGUGUGUUGCAGCGGGCCCGCUGUGCGUGGCGCGGCACCCGGCGGGCGCGGACCGGCGCCGCGACGACGACUUCGCCACGUUCCGCGCCUUCAACCGCACGCUGCAGUGGCAGUGCGCGGCCGAGCCCCCCGCCGACCUGCUGGUGGCGCCCAACUCCUCGUGGCCCGACCGCGUCUACUACCAGUCCUUCACGCACGCCGGCAUGGGCGGCCGCAUCUACGUCGUCGACAAGCACCGCCGCAACAUCGGCCGCGCCGGCGCCGCCUCGCCCGGGCCCGCUGCCGCGCCGCUCGCUCUGCUGGCCGCGCUAAACAUCGCCGUGGUUCUGUACACGAUGAACUGACGGAGGAAAAUAAAAGUCUCGUACGUGUCGAUACCAAGCUUUAUAGUUCUAUCACUCUAAAUUAUUCGGAUCACAGUAGAGGCGGGCGCUAGGCGCGGUGCAGGUCCAGGAAGUCCAUGAGCGUGGCGGGCAGCGCGCCGGGCGGCAGCGGGCGGCGCGAGCGCAGCAGGGCGCGCGCCGCCAGGCACGCCAGCGACACGUACUGCAGCACGCACACGCGCGAGCUGCGGUUGAGCGCGACCAGGUCGGCGGGCGAGUCGCCGAACUUGUUGGGCUGGUCCAGGUGCGCCCCGCCCGCCAGCAACACGUGCACCAGCUCGCUGCUGAAGUUGUACGGGAUGGCGGCCACGUGCAGCGGCGUCGAGCGCGCCUCGUUGCGCACGCGCACGUCCGCGCCGCACGCCAGCAGCAGGCGCACCACGCCGGCGUGCGGGAACACGGCGGCCGCGUCCGGCUCGUCCGCGAAGUACGUGGAGCGCACCACGUUGAGGCGCGACACGCACAGGUGCAGCAGCGUGUCGCCCGUGGCCGCCGAGCGCACGUCGGCCGCCAGCAGGCCGCGCACGGCCGCCCGCGCCGCGCGCCGCUCGGCCGGCGACGCGGCGCGCGCCUGCAGCAGGAACACGCCGUGCGCGGCGCAGCGCAGCGCGCGGUCGAAGGUGUCGGCCUGCGCGCGGCACACGGGGCGCGCGCCCAGCAGGCGGCGGCAGGCCGGCAGCUCGUCCGCCAGCAGCCGGAACACGCGCAGCACGUCGCCGAAGUGCGGCAGGCCGCGCGCGCGCUCCAGGCGCCCGCCCGCCGCGUCCAGCAUCAGCCGCGUCAGCGCGCACGCCGUGUGGCACGUGUCUGCAACGCACGCCCGUCUCACUCGCACACAUCACAUGCUAUUUCAUCCAAACAAUCCCGGGCGCCACUCAAACGUAUACAAAAAAAUACAAUAAAAUCGGUCAAGCCGUUUAGGACUUCAAUAACAUACACACGUACAGCAGAAUUAUAUAUAUAAAAAAGAUAAAUGAGUAUAGAUUGUAACUGCAAUAAUUGUUAAUAAAAGAACGUUGAAUUAAAGAGAUCUAUGAAAACUUUUAAUUAAAAGGAUCUUUAAACUGUAACCUGUGUUUAUUGACAAUCCCGAGUUAUUACGAUAUUUGCAAAAACCGGCUGCAAUCUGACAAAUCCUGAGAUAUGGUGACUACACCGUGAUGACACUGCGCAUACGGUGGCUGUGUUGUGUGCCCUGCUUGAACACGCGACGCGGCGACUGUCGCGGAACGCUGUUCAUGAAUAUGGGCCUCUAGCAUGGUUUGAAACUAGUCGAGUGUCGCGUCAAAACAAUUACGCGAGUAAGCCGAAAACCUACUACUAAGCUAAUAACGAUGCUCGCUAGAAGGAACAGAGAGCGUGAGGAAACUAUGUUCCACACGCCUCAGUCGCCAUAGCAACUACGGGAGGGGAUAGGACAGAAAAGCCAGGGCUCACCUGACGACAGCAGCGAGUCCUUCUCGAUGCGCAGCUGCAGCGCCCAGGUCCAGAGGUCGAUGCAGCGCUGGUAGCGGAAGGCGUCGGCGUAGGAGGCGCCGCGGUACAUGAGGCGGAAGACGGUGUCCUUGUGGUCGGGGCCCAGCACGCGCGCCACGACCAGCAGCGACUGCGUGCGCAGCGCGUCCAUGUCGGUGGCGGCCGCGUCCAGCUCGGCCGACGAGCGCCACUCGCGCGCGCCGCCCAGCGCCGCCGCCGGCGCCCGCACGGGCCGCUUGGGGAUGUAGGCGCCGCCGCCGUGCCGGAUGGCCGUGGCGCGCCGCCACGCCGCCAGCGCCGCCGUCACGUCGUUGAACUCGUCCAGCUGCGUGCUGCCCAGCAGCUCGUAGGCGUCCGCCAUGCGCGCCGCCGAGUAGCGCACGCGGCUCGCCAGCAGGCUCACGAUCUGCGCCGCGCCCUUGAGGCAGGCCGUGCGCAGCGCGUCGUCGCCGGCGCGCGACGCCAGCAGCGGGUCGGCGCCGUGGUCCAGCAGAAGGCGCGCCGUCUCCACGCGGUGCUCCUGGAUGGCGUAGUGCAGCACGGUCUUGAGCUGGGUGUCGCGAGCGUUGACGGCGGCGCCGUGCUCCAGCAGGAAGGCGCACAGGCGCACGGACUGCACGCUGUUGAUGAGGCACGUGCCGCCGUUGUGGUUGGGCCGGUGGAUGUCGGCGCCGCGCGCCACCAGGAAGCGCACCACGUCCAGGUGCGUCAUGAAGCAGGCCGAGCGCACGGGCGUGGAGCCCGAGUCGGAGCCGGCGUCCAGGUCGGCGCCCGCGUCGGCCAGCACGCGCAGGACGUCGAGGCGGCCGGCCACGGCGGCGGCCCACAGCGGCGUCACCGAGUGCACGGACCGGUCGUCGGCCACCUCGUACACGCCGCGCUGCUCCAGCUCGGCGGCGCAGACGUGCACCAGGUACUCCACGAUCUCCACGUUCCCGCGCCGGCACGCCACGAACAGCGGCGCGCACCCGUCCAGCUUGCGCGAGCAAAGCGCGCGACGCUCCUCCGGGCUCAUACUGCACACGC